UUUAGAGAGAGGAGUAACUAGCUACUUUUAAGAAAAUAAAAGUUUAUAGAGUAGGCUUUGAGUAUACAGCAAAGGAAAACGAAUCAAAAAUCUGUCGAGCAAGCGGAACUAACGAAUUGAAAUCAAAUCCCUAUCAAGAUGGCAGUGGAUCCGGCUGAGAAGGACAGGCCUGCGUACGCGAUCUUCUUUGGCUCGAUGGGCGCGGCAUCGGCCAUCAUCUUUUCCGCCUUAGGAGCGGCCUAUGGAACUGCCAAAUCCGGCACUGGAAUCGCAGCCAUGGCCGUAAUGCGACCCGAACUGAUCAUGAAAUCGAUCAUUCCGGUGGUGAUGGCUGGCAUCAUUGCCAUCUAUGGCCUGGUGGUUUCCGUUCUGAUAGCCGGAGCUCUAUCGGAUUCUUAUACCAUUCGCAAGGGGUACAUCCACUUGGCCGCUGGACUUUCCGUGGGUUUCGCUGGAUUGGCGGCUGGAUUUGCCAUUGGGAUUGUGGGGGAUGCUGGGGUGCGGGGCACUGCCCAGCAGCCACGCCUCUUUGUGGGCAUGAUCCUCAUCCUGAUCUUCGCCGAGGUCCUGGGACUUUAUGGACUCAUCGUCGCCAUCUACCUGUACACCAAGUAAUAAGAAGUUUCUUAACAAAUUCGUUACACUAAAACAAUUUAAAAUAAAAUGUUACAUUGUUUACACUCUAAAAA